ACGAUAAUUCAACGAAUACACUUUUACUGUAGCUUAAACUCCCUAUGACGGGUCGAUAAUGAUAAUAACCAUUUUUAUUCUCAAGUCAAUUGGAUGUAGUUUCCAGGCGGAUAUUUUCACAGUGUCGCACAGCAAUAAUGACGUAAUUUCCUCCUGUUAGCACAACAAGGGAAAGCUAACUUCUUAGCCUCGAAAAUGAGUUUUUUUUUGCCUAAAUUAACGUGCAAAAAAGACAUAGAUGAAGUUAUCAAAUGCGUAGCAGAGAAAGUCGUAGUUUUGAGGUUUGGGAGAGACGAAGACUCGAUUUGUCUCCAGCUCGAUGAGAUUUUGUCAAAAACUGCACAUGGCCUAAGCAACAUGGCGUCCAUCUACAUUGUUGAUGUGGAUAAAGCUCCUGUCUACACAAGAUACUUUGACAUCAGUUACAUCCCCUCCACUGUUUUCUUUUUCAACGGACAGCACAUGAAAGUGGAUUAUGGCUCUCCAGAUCACACCAAGUUUGUCGGCAGCUUCAAGACCAAACAAGAUUUCAUGGAUCUGAUUGAAGUCAUAUACAGAGGAGCCAUGCGUGGGAAGAUGAUUGUCCAGAGUCCCAUAGAUCCACAAAAUAUUCCCAAAUAUGAUCUCCUCUACCAUGGGAUUUAAAAUCAACUCCUCCACUUUGCGGCCUUAUUUCUUUCUGUCAGGUUGAUUGACUGAAAAAAAAAUAGCUUUACCUUUCAAGCCACCAUCUGAAGAAGGUUUGAUAUUAAAGCGUCUCAUGUUCAUUUUCAUAUAGAUGGCAAAUGACAAA